UCCGCUUGACGUUUCCUUUUUCUAACAGCGAAGAACUCCCAACUUCCGGCUUCGGAGCGCCCUUUCGUUGUAUUUUGUCCUGAAAUUUGGUUGCGAAGGCAACAAAAAAGCUGCCAUAAUCGCUCAAGUCGAAGCCCCACGGCCGAGAGGUGGAUUCGCUGUGAUGUUUUGAUGUUUACCGACCGAGCGAUGUCUGUGGUGUUUGACGGGAGCCCGCUGAAAGCGAUGCAGAGCUCACACACUCACACACCGCAGAUUGCCCUGAGUACCCAGGAACUGUCUCAGGAGAUCAAGUCCUUCAUCAGUGGCGUUGACACCGUUCAGGGCCGGAAGCUUAGCGUCCGAGAACAUGCUCGAUGCGCUGUGCGCCUGCUGCGCUCAGUCCCGGCCUGUCGUGGGGCGGUCUUGGAGCAUCUGCGAGGCGUGUACGAUGAGCAUGUGUCCGCCUUCCUGCACAACCUAGAGACGGAGAGUAAUGCCAGCACUGGGGUCAGCUCCAACCUGGAGGACAUUAUACAGGAGAUUCACGCCGUGCUGUCAGAGUUCAUCCGUCUCAACCCCCGAGCCUGGGCCCCUCUAGUGUCCACCUGGGCUGUGGAUUUACUGGGCCAGCUGAGCAGCAAGCAUGCUGGGCGCCGUGUCGCCCCCCACUCCUCCAGCCUCAACGAGCUGCUUCAGCUCUGGAUGUCUUGUGCUGCCACUCGAUCUCUCAUGGAAGCCUACUCUCAGUGUCUGGCUGCAAUGCUGGCCUGGUGCCCCGAUGCCUGUGUCGAUGCUCUUUUGGACACUUCAGUUCAGCACUCCCCUCAUUUUGACUGGGUGGUGGCUCACAUUGGGUCUGCCUUCCCCGGUACCAUCAUCAGCCGAGUGAUGGCAUGUGGACUGAAGGACUUCUGCUCUCAUGGUGCUAAGGACCAAGGGCUGCUUGUAAUGGGAGUGGAUAAAGGCAGCAGAGUGCCAAAGAUCGGCUCAGUGGUGGGAAUCCUUGGACACCUCGCCGCUCACCACUCCGACAGCAUCCGGAAAGAGCUGCUGAGGAUGUUCCAGGAGAGUCUCAAUCCGUCGAGCCCUCUGUCUCCAACCUCAUCUUCAACAUCCUGGGAAAGCUCCCCUCAGCUUCGUCGUGCUGCGGUGCCGUUUCUCCUGCAGCUGGCAGCAAUGUCCCCAAACCUUUUUGGUCCUGUGUCUGCAGAGCUCGUCGAGUUGUUGCGCCCCCCUGUCCUGCUCCAGCUACAGGCCGUGCUGCAGGGCCUCCCCAGAGAGGAACUGGAUAACAUGCUGGGCCUGGUUGUGCAUCUCAUUAGCCAGAGCCCUUCGGGAGGGGCCCGGGUACUCAGAUUUCUGGCAGACACUGCGACCCCAGCUUCAGUCAUUAUCUCAGGCCCAACUCCCUCACCUCACGAAGGAGUCCGAGAAGGUUGCGACCGCCUCCUGCAGAUGCUGCUCCUGCAUCUCCACAAGUUAGUAUUCAACCGCACUGAUGGAGUUGAGGUCAACCCCCAUCACUCUGCUUCCUCACAGCCCCAGAGGGUCAUCCCGUUCUUGGAGGAGCUGCAGUCUCACAUUGGUCAGCUGUGUGCUGAGACGCUGCGACUGGAGAGGAAGCGUCAUCUCUGGCUGCACCAGCUGCUAUGUCUGCUCUCAGUUUAUGGGGGUCCCAGCACAGCAACUGAGGCCCUCUGCCAGCUGCUCACUCAGGCCCGCAAUCCAGAGGAGUUGGCUCUGGCCUGGCAGCUCCACACCACGCUCUCCUCUUGCAUGGCAGGCCUCAUUCCUGCUGCCAUUGCACGUAGCGUGGCGCAGAUCCACACGCACACUCUGGGGCCUCGGCAGCUUAGGCAGCUGCUGCUCAACCUGGCUGCAGCCAUCCAGAGUCAGGACGAGGAGAGAAGAGGAGCAACAGGUGCUCAGUCCUCCAUGGUGGUCCAGGUGGGCUCGGCGGUCUCAGGACACCUCCAUGAUUUCUGCCCACUUCUUCUCCACGGUGACCCAGCUGUAUCUCACGCUGCAGUACGCCUCCUGUCCUGCAGCCCGCUCCCUCGCACCUGCUCCCCAGCACAGCUGCUCCAACUCUCUCGCGCUGCCGUCACUCAUUUCUUCCAGGCUCUGCGAAGGAGAGGAGAAGGAGGGAAGGCAGGGAGAGAUGGAGGGCAGGCAGGUGAAGCAGUGAACUGCUCCGUUCUUCUACUGUCCCGUUUUGCCGCAUACUCUCCUCUUACGCUCAAAUCAGUGCUUCAGCAGCUGGUUGAAGGAGCGCUACAUAAAGGCAACACUGACCUAUUUGGAGGGCAGAUCGCAGACAUGUCUGGCGCCCCUGUGCCUUCCCCAUCUGUGUCGCCUGAUGUUGGAGCCUCUUUGCUGGACGUCAACUGUCGGUUUGGUACCACCGUUAAUUUUUCAAGUAGUGUGUGGUCUGUGUUUCACGCAGGUGUGAUUGGCAAGGGACUAAAGGCUCGCACCAUCAUACAGCUGCCUGAUCCAUCCUUAGUCAUACAGAACAUUCAGAUUCUGCUGGCAGUUAUUGUCAAGUGUUGCAGCUCCUCCGGUCUGAACGGCUCACGAUCACCGUCUGACCCCGAUGAGCCGCCACCCAUCAACGCGGAGGCAGCCAAGGUUGUUGCAGUCACAAUAGUGGAAAACGUCUGUCCCGACGUGGCCAAUAGCGAGUUAUCCUGGCCCCCAGAAGAGCACGCCCGCACCACAGUGGAGAGAGACAUCCACAUUCGGCGCUGCUUUGAGGCCCACCCUGUGCUCUUCCCUCUGCUUCAGGUCGUUGCGGCUGGACGACCGGCUCUCUGCUACUGCUCAGCGGUGCUCCGAGGCCUCCUGGCCACUCUGUUGGCCCACUGGGAGGCAUCUCGCGAGGCAUCAUCCACAGACUCCCCAUGGCACCUCCAGGCUUCCUGCCUCUUGGUGUCCUGCAUGGGAGAAGGCCAGCUCCUGCCACCCGUCCUGGCCAACGUCCACGAAGCUUUCCCUCACCUGACUCCCUUCGAGGUGAGGCUGCUGCUGCUGGCUGUGUGGGAGUACGUAAGGGGGAAUGGGCCCAUGCCCCAGAAGUUUGUCUUCAGCUCGGAGAAGGGCAUGUUCUGCAGAGAUUUCUCACGGGACGGCGACGUAGCAAGAUACGUGGCGCCGAUCCACAGCGUGCUACAUAAAAACAUUGACAGACUGGGGCACCUGUGCUGGCGAUUCCAGCUCUGAGGAGUGACGGGGAAUAAAUAGACUGUAAAAUGGAGGGAUUACUGUGUUACGGUCCAAGAGCGGACCCCAGAGUUUCAGUCACUGUAGUUCACUACCAUAUCAGUAGAGGCUUGUGCGCGUGCAUACCUUUUUGUACCGUUUUUAGACUUGAUACAUUUCUAACUGGUGAGAAACACAAAUGGCACAUGUGUACAUAGUGUGCAUACAGAAUCUGGGAUGUAAUGUGUUUUAAUGUGUCAUUUUGGUUCCAAAAAUACAUUAACUGCUAAAUCAUUUACAGACUGUUUUGUAUAAUUUUCACAUUGUUUGUGUUCUAUAAUGGAAACACAACUUUGCUUUCUUGUUGUGUACAUGACCUCUUCUUUCAGCUACUUUUCAAAAAAUAAACCUUUUGUUCCAGAAUUUGA